UCUACCAUCUAAUUAGAAAGCACACCGUGACCCAACACUGUUUUUCCCUUCUGGAUCUUUUCCUUCCUAUUCCUAAUAAAGGGUAUCAUUUAUCAUACUGUAGCGAACCUAAUACCUAGAUAUUAACCACCUACUUUUUUAAAAGAAGAACCAGUUUCUUGCCCUAAAGAAGAAGGAGAAAAAGAAUUCUGCAGUCUGCAGCAGGUUCUCUGUUAAUAUAAAAGAAUUAAAGAAGAUGGGUAGAGGAAGGGUAGAGCUGAAGAGGAUAGAGAACAAGAUAAAUCGACAGGUAACAUUUGCUAAGAGGAGAAAUGGGUUGCUUAAGAAAGCUUAUGAGCUUUCAGUUCUAUGUGAUGCUGAGGUUGCUCUUAUCAUUUUCUCUAAUCGUGGAAAGCUUUAUGAGUUCUGCAGUACCUCUAGCAUGGCAAAGACAAUUGAGAAGUACCAGAGAUGCAGUUAUGCACCAUUGGCGGACAACCAAUCUGUGCAUGAUACACAGCGCUGCUACCAGGAAUAUCUGAAGCUAAAAGCAAAAGUGGAGGUUCUGCAGCGUUCACAGAGGAAUCUUCAUGGUGAGGAUUUGGGAGAUUUGGACACAAAGGAGCUUCAGCAGCUUGAACAACAGCUUGACUUCACAUUGAAGAAAAUCAGGUCAACUAAGACCCAAAUUAUGCUUGAUCAACUUUCUGAACUUCAAAGGAAGGAAGAAUUGCUACUGCAGACCAACAAUGCAUUAAGGAAGAAGUUGGAGGAAACUGAUGCAACCCUUCAAUCAUCAUGGGAAGCUAGGGAACAAAGUACUGUUCAAUACGACCGCCAGCCUGCUCACCCAGAUGGUUUAGUCGAUCCCUUGCAAUGCAACAGGAAUUUGCGAAUUGGUUUCAAUGCAGGGGAAACAGAUCAAGUGACUGUUGCAACCACAGAACAAAAUGUUGAUGGAUUCAUGCCUGGGUGGAUGCUUUAAAUAUUUGAAAAUCCAAGAAACUUCUAUAGAAUCAAUAAUUGAGUAGAUCAAUAACUAGACACUAAACUGUAUAAUAUAUGAUGCUCAUGUUGGCUUCUUGGGCAACUAUGGAUACACUUGAGCAGUAAUUAAACUGCCUGUAAUAAACAAAUUCUCACUGUUCUAAUUA